AUGAGCCAUCGCUCGUUCCGCCCAGCUGACGCCUCACGAGCCGCUCCCUCCUUUACGCCUUCCACUCCCCGGCGCACUACUCCACCAGACUGCACCGCAUUCAACCCAUCUUGUGGACGAGCGCCAGAAGCACCUGCUUUGCUCGCUACUUUUCCUACCCAACCCAAUUUCUUCUCUAGCUAUUUCUCCUCCCAUCCCGCCGUCGCUAGUACCUCCCACCCAGCCGUCGCUCUCCCUCCCAUUCCCGUAUCCUCUCCCUCAAUUUCCGCCGUCACCUCUCCCUCCCAUUCCGCCAUCGCCUCUUCCUCCCACCUCACAAUCACUCCGUCCCACCCCGCCAUCUCCUCUCCCUUACCUCCCCGCCGUCGCCUCUCCCUCCUCCCCGCCGUCGCCUCUCCCUCCUCCCCGUCAUCGCCUCUUCCUCCUCCCCGCCGCCGCCUCUCCCUCCUCCCCGCCGUCGCCUCUUCCUCCUCCCCGUUGUCGCCUCUUCCUCCUCCCCGUCGUCGCCUCUUCCUCCUUCCCGUCGUCGCUCUCUCUCCUCCCCUCCGUCGCCGCCUCUCCCUCCUCCCCGCCGUCGCCUCUCCCUCCUCCCCGUCGUCGCCUCUUCCUCCUCCCCGCCAUCGCCCUCCCUCCUCCCCGCCGUCGCCCUCCAUCCUCCCCGCCCUCCCUCCUCCCCGCCAGGUGCCCGGAGCGCAAACGCGGAUUGGUGCGCAAUCGCGGGUUGGUGCGCAAGCGCGGGUUGGUACGCGACCGCGGGUUGGUGCACGAGCGCGGGUUGUUUUGUGA